GUCCUCUCACCAAGUCCUCCCCUCAUCUCCCUCCCUCCCUCCGGCUGGCUUUCUCCUGCUCCCUUUCUGGGAUCCUCCCUCUCCCGGUCUCACCCCUUCCCCAUCUCACCCAACUCCCUUCCCCCUGCCUCGGGCCUGACUCCCCUGCCCCAUCCCUUCCUGCCCUGUCCCCUUUGUGUCCCCCCUCUCCAUCUCCCCUCUGGCUUUUUGUCUUUUCUCCACCUCUAACUCCCUUCAGCUCCAUCUCCCUGUCCCUUCCCCACUGCUCUCCUCCCUGCCCGAGGCCCGAGCCACCAUGCUGACCCUGGUGGCUGGGGGGGUGGUGUUCCCCGGACUCUUCCUCCUCUCCAAGAACACGCUCCAGCGGUUGCCCCAGCUGCGCUGGGAGGAGGCCGACGCGGUCAUUGUCUCCGCCAGGCUGGUGUCCUCUGUCCAAGCUGUCAUGGCCUCCACAGCUGGCUACAUCGUCUCCACCUCCUGCAAGCACAUCAUCGAUGACCAACACUGGCUUUCCUCCGCCUACACGCAGUUCGCAGUGCCCUACUUCAUCUACGACAUCUACGCCAUGUUUCUCUGCCACUGGCACAAGCACCAGGUCAAGGGGCACGGAGGGGACGAAGGAGAGGCCCGGGCCCCCGGCAGCACCUGGGCCGUGGCGCGCGGCUACCUGCACAAGGAGUUCCUCAUGGUGCUGCACCACGCCGUCAUGGUGCUGGUGUGCUUCCCGCUGUCCGUGGUGUGGCGUCAGGGCAAAGGCGACUACUUUCUAGGCUGCCUGCUGAUGGCCGAGGUCAGCACGCCCUUCGUCUGCCUGGGCAAGAUCCUCAUCCAGUACAAGCAGCAGCACACGCUGCUGCACAAGGUGAACGGCGCCCUGAUGCUGCUCAGCUUCCUGUGCUGCCGGGUGCUGCUCUUCCCCUACCUGUACUGGGCCUACGGGCGGCACGCGGGGCUGCCGCUGCUCGCCGUGCCCCUCGCCCUCCCGGCGCACGUCAACCUGGGCGCCGCGCUGCUGCUCGCCCCGCAGCUCUACUGGUUCUUCCUCAUCUGCCGCGGGGCCUGCCGCCUCUUCUGGCCGCGCGGCUCCCCGCCGCCCUCGCCCGCGCCGGCCCGCGAGUGAGGCGGGGCCCGAGGACCCUGCCCGCCCCUCCGCCAGCCCCACCCCGACCCCCCGGGGACGAGGCUCUGGGGCUGCUGCGAGGGGUGUGGAGCCGGGAGCCUGGCCGCCCGGGACGGACGAUGGACUCCGAGGGGUGGGUGCAGGCCCGCAGGGCCCGGGGCAGGGCGGGUGGAGGGGCGGGAGAGGGCCUGGGCCCGCGGCGCCUCCCGCAGACCCGUCUCUGACCACAGCCCGGGCCCUGGAGAGCGAAGGGCAGCGGAAGGGGCGCCCCUUCCCCUCCUGGUACGGCUUGAGGGCGGGGGGAGGCUGCUGGAGGCUCACGGGGACCAGGAACCAGAAGGUGGGGAGGCCCUGCUGCAGCUCCUCCCAGCUCCCUGCUCGGGGCGGGCGGCCCGCAGCGCCUCUCCGGGGGCCAGCCUGGGGCCCUAUUUAUUCACCCACAUUCUCACUCGUCUGUCGGGGCGGUGGCUGCUCCCCCGCCUUCCCAGCGCUGAGCAAUCCCGCAGGUGAGGGGCGGUCCGGUCCCUCCCCCGUAGGCUGCACACUCGCCCGCAGGCCCUGGCAUGUCCCUGGUGCUACAGACCCCCCAAGGCUUCCUCCAGUCUGGGGUCGGGGACCCCGGGAGGUGCUUCCAGACCGCUAAUAAAGACGAUCUGCGCGAAC